AUGCAGAACCUAAAGCUAGAGAGGGAAACAAUAAAAGGAUCCCUGAAAAAAGUUUUUAAAGAAAUUGAAGAGGUGAAUCCCAGUGACGAGAAGAAAAUACAAAGACUCCUGCAACAAGUUGAUGAUAAAGCAGAGCGAGUAUUUCUUCUAGACAACAGCAUAAAAGACAUUCUAUUCGCAGAAGAAACCAGCACGGAAGAAAUUAGCAAGGAAUUAAAUGAUGAAGAAAACUUUCGUGACGAGGUAGGAAAAUUUAGAAUAGAAUGUGAGUAUUUGAUCAAAAAUUUAAAAACUUUGAAAGAUCAAGAAAAUAAAGUUACAAGAAAUGAAAAACCUGUCAAAAAUUUUCAUAUGCCGAAAAUUGAAAUAAAGAAAUUUGAUGGAAAUAUCAAAAAUUGGAUAAAUUUUUGGGGCCAGUUUAGAAAAAUCGAUGAAGACGCAGACCUUCCAAACGAAGACAAGUUCCAAUACCUGAUCCAAUCAACAGAAGAUGGCACGCCAGCCAGAAGCCUUGUCGAAAGCUUCCCACCUUCCGCUGAAAAUUAUAAAAUAGCCAUUGACCAACUGAAAAAUAGAUUCGCAAGGGACGAAAUUUUAAUUGAGGUAUACGUUAGGGAGUUACUAAAUUUAAUUCUAAAUCAACAAACCUCAAAGGAGGACCCAGGUAUGGCUUUAUCUACUUUGUAUGAUAGGUUGGAGACUCAGCUUAGGGCUUUGGGAACACUAGGUGUUACUAGCGACAAGUAUGCAGCGAUGCUUUUGCCACUUGUUGAAUCCGAGCUACCUUAUGAGUUGCUUAAAAUUUGGGAAAGAAAUAGGGCUUCUAAUAAUUUAAAAUUUAAUAGUGAGUUGCAGGGUCUACUAGAGUUCCUGAAAACAGAAGUGGAGGCCGAAGAGCGUAUAAAACUUGCUCAGUCUAGUUUCACAGUUCCAAAAAGUAUUGACGAUAAGUAUACUGUAGAAACCUUACAUACAGAGAGUUUAAAAACCAAGGGUAAGCAAAAGUUUUCUUGUAUUUUUUGCGAAAGCAAUACACAUGCCAGUCAGAACUGCAUUAAAGCUCAGAAAAUGACUUUAGAGCAGAAAAAAUCCAUUAUAAGUAAAAAACGGAGUUGUUUUUCAUGUUUAAAGCAGUUUCACAAUUUUCGGACAUGCAAAACAACUGUCAAAUGUAUAAAAUGUGCUCGCAAGCAUUUUACAUUAAUGUGUCCUGAUUUGCAUGAAAAAGAAAACAAAAAUAGAGAUUUGCAAAAAUCAGAAUCUUUAGAAAAUACAUUAAUAACUGUCGCUUCUGAAACUUUACUGCAAACGAUCAAUGUUAGGGUUAUUUCUGAUAAUAAAAGGUCAAUGACAGUAAGGGCACUGCUAGAUUCGGGUUCGCAACGUUCCUAUAUAACUACAAAAUGCGCGGAAGAUUUAGGGUUAACUAAAAUUGGACAAGAAAAUAUAGUUCAAGGUGUUUUUGGUGGGUUGCAGGGAGCUCCAAAGAUUCAUCGUUUGUUUAAGGCAGGUAUAGAAAAUUUAGAAAAUUCAUUCAGCAUCGGGUUAUCUUUACUGGAACAAUCUAAAAUUUGUAAUUACCUUCCAAAACUAAUUGACCAAAAGGUCCUAGAUUUAUUAAAAGAUAAAAAUAUUUAUGUAAAUGAUUCUGCUUCUAAAGAAUUAGAGGAUAAUUUAUUAAUAGGGGCAGACAUGUUUGGUCACAUCAUAACAGGAAACUUGGUAAACAUAAAUGAUUCUUUAGUAGCUUUGGAAACCAAGAUUGGUUGGACCGUUAUGGGGACACAAAAAAAUCCAGCAGAGACGAAAUGUCGAGAAGAGUUAGACAUUCGCACGUUAGAAAAAUGUAAAGAAAGCACUGUGGUAAAUAGUGAAAAUAGAUAUGAAGUUUGUUUACCAUGGGCAGAAGGUUAUCCGGCUAUAACCUCUAAUUUUAAUUUAGCUGAAAAGCGACUUUUUUCUACCACAAAACGGUUAGUUUCUCUGAACAAGCUUACAGAGUAUGACAAUAUAUUUCAAAAUUGGGAAAAUACAGGAAUCAUUGAAGAAGUAGAAGAAGAGCCGUUGGAAAAGAAUACGCACUACUUGGCACAUCACGCAGUUGUCAAAGAGUCCAGUUUAACUACGAAGAUCCGACCAGUGUUUGAUGCAUCAGCUAAAGAUGGUAACAGUAAUUCUCUUAAUGAUUUACUGGAAAAGGGUCCAAAUAUUGAGCUAAUAAUACCUUUAAUUUUAAAGUUCAGGUUACAUAAAAUUGGGGUAACGUCAGACAUAGCGAAGGCAUUUUUGCAGAUAAGCAUUUCAGAGAAAGAUAGGGAUUUUUUACAAUUUUUGUGGUGGAAAAACUAUGAAAAAAGAGAAAUAAAAAUAUUUAGACAUUGUAGAGUAGUUUUUGGGCUAAAACCAAGUCCUUUUCUUUUAGCAGCAACAGUUAAUUUGCAUUUAGAAAAGGAAAAAACAUACACAGAAACAGCUAAUCAACUUCUUAACGCAUUUUACGUAGACAAUUGUGUUUUUAGCGUUAGGAAUGAAACAGAACUUAAAAAAUUUAUUGAUGAGUCAACAGAAAUUCUAAAGAAUGCAAAAUUUGAUCUUAGGGGGUGGACUUUUAAUGAAAAUAACGAUACGUAUGUUUCUAGCGUCAAUGAAAAAUUAGAAAAUAAGGUUAUCUCUAUUUUGGGUAUACAGUGGAAUUACCAAACUGACACUUUAGCGUGUGAUAUAAAAAAUUUAGACAGUCUUGACGAGAUUCCUAGAGCAAAAAGAGGCAUUUUAUCUGCAACGCAGAGAGUUUUUGAUCCUAUUGGUUUCACUGCUCGAUUUACGUUAAUACCGAAAAUCUUAUUACAAGAGACUUGGAGCUUGAAAUUGACGUGGGAUCAAAAAUUACCUGACGAUAUCAAAAAACGUUUCGAAAUUUGGUUAAAAAAUGUUAAAUGUCUUAAUUUUUGUAACAUACAUAGAUAUUUAGCAUAUCCAGAAGAAGUGAACCUAAUAAUAAAUAAAACUCUUCACGUUUUCGUUGACGCUAGUAAAUACGCUUAUGCCGCUUGCGUUUUUAUUAGGCUAGAAUUUCAAAAUUCAAUUUCAAUCAAACUUUUGUUAGCAAAAUCGCGUUUAAGUCCAGUUAAAACGAUUACUCUCCCUAGGUUAGAAUUAAUGGCUGCUGUGAUACGUGUUAGGUUAUUAGAAACUGUUAAAGAAGUAACAGACUUUACAGAGCUUAAAACGUACUACUGGAGUGAUUCGAUGGUUGUCUUAACCUGGAUUAAAACAAAGGGUCUUUGGAAUACUUUUGUAGGAAACCGGACGUUUUAUCACGAGGAUGUAGCGGGAAACAACUUUUGGAAAAACAAUGGUGGAAGGGCCCUCAAUGGCUCAAAGAACCAGAAAAUAUGUGGCCAAAAGGAGAAGUAG